GUCGCAGAACAACAAAAAUGGCAGGAAUAGGAAGCAGCACCUAUUGGGAGGAUUUAAGGAAACAGGCGAGACAGCUGGAGAAUGAACUCGACCUGAAACUGGUCUCCUUCAGUAAACUGUGCACCAGCUACAGCAACUCCAGGGACGGACGCCGAGGAGACACUUCUGACACCACCCCGCUGCUCAACAACUCCACCCAGGACCGGAUGUUCGACACCAUGUCUGUGGAGCUCGAACAGCUGCUGGCUAAGCUGACAGCCGUGAACGACAAGAUGGCGGAGUACACCAACACCCCAGGAGCAUCGUCUCUGAACUCUGCGCUCAUGCACACCCUUCAGAGACACCGAGACAUUUUGCAGGAUUACACACAAGAAUUCCACAAAACCAAAGGCAACUUUUUGGCCAUCCGAGAAAGGGAAGACCUAUUAGGGUCUGUCAGAAAAGACAUUGAGUCAUAUAAGAGCGGUUCUGGGGUCAACAAUAGAAGAACGGAGCUGUUUCUAAAAGAGCACGAGCACCUGAGAAACUCGGACCGGCUGAUGGAUGACACAAUAAGCAUUGCCAUGGCGACCAAGGAGAACAUGACCUCCCAAAGGGGCAUGUUGAAAUCCAUACAGAGCAGGGUCAACACGCUGGCCAAUCGUUUCCCAACCAUCAACAAUCUGAUCCAGCGAAUCAACCUGCGAAAAAGAAGGGACUCUCUGAUCCUCGGCACUGUGAUUGGGGUCUGCACCAUUCUCCUCCUCCUCUAUGCGUUCCAUUGAAAACCUGCUCAGAUGAAUACUUUAGAGACAGGUUUCAUCUGCUCUUUGUAGCGUACGGACCCCCCCUCCCCUCCUCUCUGGGGACCCAACUCAGUGACUGGAGGACUCUGGAGGUCAUAGAGCAGAAAGACAUUUAGUUGGUCCAGUUGUGGGACUGAAAUGUGAUUCUACUGAGUUUGUAUUUUACCAGAGAAACAGUUUAAGGACUGAUGGACACGUGUUCUGCCACCCAGAAGCAAAUGAGGAUUAAAAGUACUAAUAAAACCAAUUUUUUAUUUUUUUUUAUUUUUUAAGAUCUUAAUAAGAAAAACUUGGAAAGUGCAAGAAACAGAGACUCUGAUGCAUUUUAAUUCCUGAUGUUGAAGUAUUCUUUUUUUUUCCUUGAAUUGACAGAAGGGGCUAACUCAUUGUGAACUGUAAAAAGUGAAUUAAUAAAUUAUUCAUAUCAGUUUGUGUUUUAAGAAAAAUCCUCUGUCAUUACUUGUUUUUCAUUUCUUUUAUAAUGUGAAUCGAGAAUCCAAAUGUUUUAAGUGCCCUGUCAUUUCUGAAAAGGUUUCCCUUCAGGAGAGCUACAAAAUCCAGUCUUUUACUUGAUUUACCUAUGGUCCCAGCUGAUUCCAUUUCUUUUUUUCUUAUCAUAGAAUAAAUAAAUGACUGGAGGAUGAC